AUGAGAUUUUUUUCUGCAGUUUUAAAUGUUCAUAGACAAUAAAAUGUAUUUGUUUAAAUAAAAUAAAAUGUGUUCCGGAAUAUAUUAUGUAGUUAUUUCGACGGUGUGGUUUUUGGUUGCUUGGCUUGUCAGUAGGUCAUGUUUUUCUAAUGAAGGUCCAGCUGUAUUUAGAUCAUCUCAUCAUUAUGAAUGUGUUCCAAAGGUCAGGUGAGAUGUUCCGGUUUGCUUCUAUCUUGGGCAGAUGUGCAUCCCUUUCCCAGCCCAGGACGGCCUUUCGGCUCUACAGAUCCACAGAGCGGAGCAUUCUGCAGCGUCGGUGCCCUGCGGGGACGGUACGAGGCUCAGAGUUUGAGGGCGUUCGAGAUUUCUGCCAACAAGAAACCCAGACUUUGAAUUGGAAAGACCAGGAAGAGCGUCUGAGCCUGCGAGUUCCUGACACAACAGACCCACGGGCGACGUUUUACCAGGAGCUGAAGGAAUCCCGGUCACCUUCGGACGUCCUGGAUGUGGUGGAACGGUGCAAUGUGGCGCACUGGUGCAUCAGCAACAGCUUGACCCGGAUGUGGCACACAACCAAGAAGAUGUCGGAUGAGCAAAGGCACUGGGAGCUCCGGCUCAUGGCCGAGAACCAGACUUUUGAAAAGCUGUGCCACGGCGCCAGGAUGAACGCGCCACGCAUGCAAAGCCAAGACCUGGCGUUCACCCUGCUGGCCUUAGUCAAGCUCGGGGUCUCUCAGAGCAGCUACGUGGUGCAGACUAUCCUCAGAGUCAUCCAGGAACGCCUGAACGAGUUUGAAAACGAGAAGGCGCUCUCCGUCCUGGCCUCCUGCCUCUCGGAGAUGGAAAGCAGCAAAAACUCUGACGCGCUUAAACAGGGCCUGAAGCUUAUCCUGGAGGAGAGGAUUCCUGCCAUCCAGAGCGUGAUGCUGCUCCACAGCACCAUGCGCCUGUUUGGGAAGGACGCCUCAGCGGCUCUGAAGCACAAGCUGGAGAGGAAGGCUCUGUCUAUGGUGGAUCAGUUCACACUGCUGAACGUGCAGUACCUGCUGGACAUGCUGGCCGUCAUCCGGCUCAACUCCAAGCCGCUGCUGGAUAUCUGCGCUAAGAAGCUAAGCGAGAACGUGCACAGCAUUUCUUUCACCAGGCUGAUGGUGACGCUGAAGUCCUGCAGCGAUCUCCGCUAUAGGAACCCGCAUCUCUUUACGUCCGUCUCCGAGUACCUGGCCAGCACAUUCCCCAUGUGGAGCAACAAGCAGGUGCUGCUGUUACUCCUGGAGUUUAAGAGACUCGGUUUGCCCGUGGCUCUGAUGGACGCGUUUGCCGAGAGGAUCAUCCAGAAACCGGACAGUCUCACGCUGCGGGACCUGCGCGUUCUGAAGUGCUACUCCUUCCUCAACCACCAUUUGAAGGAAAACCAGCAGGCUUUCUUAGAGAGCAUGACACACGUUCUGAAGUCCUACCUCCCAAAGAUGUCCAGCACAGACCUUCUGAGAGCCGUCAGCUACCUUUCCGUGUUGGGACACUUCCCUCAGGCUCCUCUGGAGAAGCUGCUCAGGAACGAGGUUCUGGAGGAACUGCUAAAAGAAGAAGGUCCAGGUCAGGCACGACAUGAACGUUUGCUGCGGACGCUGGAUAUGUGUUUACGCCUGGAUCAUCACCCUCUUCGCCCCUCCGUCUCAUCCAUCCCGCACCUCUGUCACUCCACGCCACAGAGUUAUCCUGUGACCCCCGAACUCCUUGAGUGUCUGAAGAAGCUGUUGGGGGAAGACGCAGUGACCGACUCCGUCAUCGAGCAGGGCUUCUACUUCAUCGACUGUGUGGCCACACUGCCUCUGAAAACGAAAGAGGAGCAAAGCAUGAGGAUUGCGUUGCUCUGCGUCCCCCUGACCUCAUUCUGCUAUGGUACGACCCAUCCCAUCGGUGCCGUGGCUCUGAAGGUCCGCCACCUCGAGCUCCUGGGUUACAAACCAGUCCUGGUGCCCGUGCAGGAGUUCGUCUCUCAGAGCGCUGAAGAAAAGACCGACCUGCUGAAGAAAUUCAUUUUUCCCAAAACUGAAACAUACUCAUGUGUCCGAGACUGUGAAGUGAAAUAAAUAAAAGUGGAUCAGUGUUAA